AUGCCCGGGGACCCUGUCUCUCCAGUCCGGCCAGGGCUCCCCGGCAUGCCCGGCAGUCCGUGUUCGCCGCUGCUGCUGCUGCUGCUGUUGGCGGCGGCGGGGCCGGGCGGCGGCGAGGAGGCGAUCCAGUGCCCGCCCUGCUCGGAGGAGCGGCUGGCGCGCUGCAAGGCGCCGCAGGGCUGCGCGGAGCUGGUGCGGGAGCCGGGCUGCGGCUGCUGCGCGACCUGCGCCCUCGGCCGCGGCACCGCCUGCGGCGUCUACACCGCCCGCUGCGGCGCCGGGCUGCGCUGCUACCCGCCCCGCGGGGUGCCGCGGCCCCUGCACACCCUCAUGCACGGCCAGGGCGUCUGCACCGACCUGGCCGACGUCGAGGCCAUCCAGGAGAGCCUCCAGCCCCCAGAGAAGGAGGAGAUCGACCACCCCAACAACAGCUUCAGCCCCUGCAGCAUCCACGACCGCAAGUGCCUGCAGAAGCAGCAGGCGAAGCGGGUCAACAACGGCAACAAGAUGCGCAACAGCGGGAGCCCGUACCACCGUGAGGAGACGCGGCCCAUAGCACAGGGCUCGUGCCAGAGCGAGCUGCACCGGGCGCUGGAGAGGCUGGCCGCCUCGCAGACCCGCACGCACGAGGACCUGUACGUCAUCCCCAUCCCCAACUGCGACCGCAACGGCAACUUCCACCCCAAGCAGUGUCACCCGGCGCUGGACGGGCAGCGGGGCAAGUGCUGGUGUGUGGACCGCAAGACGGGGGUGAAGCUGCCAGGCUUCCUGGAGCUGAAGGGGGACUUGGACUGUCACCAGCUGGCGGACAGCAUGUGAGCGCGACCGCGGUGGCCCUGUGCCGUGCUGUGGCCAGGACACCCGCCGGGGCUGCGUAGGAGAGGAAGAGGGAGGACAUGACCGCCGAGCAGCUCCCUGGUGCUGGGGGACCCUGGCAUGCGCCCUGGAUCGCCGCUGUGCUCUGCACCACGGGCUACCUACGGCACGGGGCACGGCACCAUGACCUGCGCCAUGACCACUAGCCACUGCCACAGAGGGGUCCCGGGCAUGCGCCAGCGGCACCUCCAUCCCACAUGGACACUUGGCUUGGACAGACGCUGCCCUGGGGCUGGUGUCAGGCUGCCCGGGUGGAGCGGGGGGAGAGCACCCACAAUGCCACUGCCCCUCGGUGCUGCUCCCACAGCCGCCAC